AUGGCAAGGCUAAAGCAAUCGAUGACUUUGUCCACGUUUUGGUACCGGACAUUCCGGACCAACAGGCAGCAAAAAAAUACCCCUUUGUAAGUACCAUUCCUGUGAAGGAUUUAAGCGGAAACCCGGUCACGCAUCCAUCACCUGGAAUGGGUCAGAGUGAACCAAAAAGAGAUGGCCCUUGAUGUUUUCUACAUGGCACCUUGGUACACUGAGCAGAUUUUCACUGUGCUCUGGGCGAUCAUCGGCAUCUUUGUGGAUAAAGCUGUCCUGUAUUUUACUCAGUGUUUAUCGGAGCAAUUCCACAGGUAUGACCUAGUAGGAUGGUACCUGGGGCUUCUGAAGUACGCAAGCAAGGAAAUAUGUUUCAUCCUGAAGACCCUCUCUGAUCCUGAGAAUCUCCCAGCCAUGGUCUGCUGUGCACAUGGCAAAGAUCGGACAGGAGUUGUGAUAGCUUUGGUACUAAGCGUUCUAGGAAAAUCAGACGAGUAUAUCGCCGUGGAUUACAGUUUAUCUCAGAAAGGGCUGGAACCCAUCAUGCCUGAGCUGAAAGAGAAAACAAAACAUCCUCUCUCUGACGAUUCAUUUCUCCUGGCAGGGAAGGAAACAAUGCUUGAGGUUCUUAACACCACCAGAAAAAUUUUAGUGAAACACGUACAUGUAUAUGAAUAAACCCAGCAUGAUUCAAUCACAAAAGGUCAUCCAAAAGCACAACCCUUCUGGCAUUCUCACGGAUUACAUUUCAUGGAUAUUCCUUUUGUCUGUAUUGGUGACAAUUCUCACCGAACCUCAAUCUCUAGCUCAUAUUUGGACUAGACUCAGUUUUAUUUUUGCUGCCAGACAUCAUAACUUUACCAAAAACUUGGAAUGUGCCUUUCGUUGGAAUAAAGCUACGGACAUCAUUCUUUGAAAGGUUGAACAGCAAUGCCAAUGUUGAUUUUUCUAAUAAUUCAAACGUUCCUCGUGUUUUGAAUUCCUAGGUAUGGAAUACUUGGAAUCCAUCGGCUUUGGCAGGGAAGACCAGACCAAGUAGCGGCUGGCUCUUGCUUAAAACUGCCUCUCGCACUGGAUUCUUUGAAAAUUGACAUAGAUAUACCGCCCUUGCUAAAUUCAGUUUCAUUUGGCUGUUGGAAGGGAUGGCAUAAUUUUUACUCACAAAAUUGAUUCAAUUUCCAAAAAUUCAAUUCAAACAUGAACUGGAAACAAUGAGCUGAUAUUAGACUAUUCUAUUAACUUCAGGGCUUGGAAAAAUGGAACAUUCCAGAGACAAGUGGUCAGUAUAGUUUGCUAUUUCCGCACUUCAGUUUUAGCCUAUGACGCUAAACAGCAUUGGUACAACAUUUGAAAUUGUUAACCUUGUCCAGAAAAUUAAUCUGCACAAAUCGUGAAGGACACUUUUUUGUUGAGAAAGUCAGACUUAAACGGAAAUUCCAUCAAGAGCAGUACAAGACUUCUGGGAACAGAAUUCUAUUUUGGAUUGGCAUAAAGUUCUAGAACACAAGUUUUUCAUGCACAGACUUUGUAUGCAUUGACCCUCAGUGCUUUCAACCAAUGUAGGAUCACCGGUUAUAAAUAUGUUACGUAGUCCCUUUUUGAAAACGGUUCACUUUGUAAUAAAUGUACGGUUAUUAAACUGCUAAAUCAAAGGUUUUGCAAAAUAGCAUCACUUUAUGGAAUGGUAUAUUUAGCCUAAUGACAAAGUUUAUUUACGAUUAGGCAUUCAACAAAAAAACCCUCUUGUUUGAAUGAAAGUUGCCCAUUCACAUAGCCAUUUAGCCAAUGCUGCAGAGGGAAUCCCACAGCAAGCAGCUACUCCCCUCCCCCCAUCAGCCCAAACUGUAAAAUUAAUGUUCUUGUGACAACCCCCCCUCCACUUCACCACUAUUUACAUUGGUGGAAGUUUUUUAACCUACCUCCUAAAAAGUAAGGCCCUUCAUGUACUUACUUCAACUGCCAAGGUUAACCACAGUCCUGUACUUUUCCAAUUUGUUUUGAGAAACAGCGUCAAAGAGCUGGAACCAUUUCCUGGGACUUCAAAUUAAAGACUUCCAUUUGUCAGUGUUUUGCAAGUAGUGGCUUGACAGGUUCAAUUAGGCCUCUAGUGUUUGUUUGUUUUUUUCAAAAUAAACUUC